CCGGGGAAUCGACGAUCCCCCUCCUAAGUCACGUUCUCGCGGAACUACGAAAGUCGUUAAUCUGUGUAUUGAAUGGUUAAGCAGAAGUGCUGAGCAUGCAUGACAAUGAUAAUGGGUUAACUAAUGUAAUUGAACAUGUCAUUCUCACGGGAGAUCAUCCGCUCAUUAGCUGCGCUCCCUACCGAUACUCGCCAGCUCAACGAGCGACCGCCUUUCAGCGGAUUAAGGAGUUCGAAGCCAAUGGAUGGAUCGAACCUGCUAUAGGACCAUGGUCUUUUCCUGUAGUGAUAGUACCCAAGAAGGCUGGGGGGAUUCGCAUUUGCAUUGAUUAUCGAAAGCUGAAUGAUAUCACGAUUAAAGAUGUGUAUCCCCUCCCCCGGAUCGAUGAGUUAUUGGAUGCGAUUGGGAGUGCUCGGUUUUUCAGCAAGUUUGAUGUUCGUCAUGGGUUCCAUCAUCUUCGUGUCCGAGAGGAAGAUCGACCGAAAACAGCGUUUGUGCUUUUCGAAGGCACGUGGCAAUGGGUUCGAUGUCCGAUGGGUAUCUGCAAUGCCCCUGCAACUUUUCAGCGGGCUAUGAACAUGGCUUUUCAGAAUUUUGUACAGAAGACUCGUUUGGCACAGAGCAUCAUCAACUAUUGCGUGAUUGUGUACAUGGAUGACAUCUUGGUGUAUUCGAGUUCCUACGAGGGACACGUGCAGCACAUCGAAUGGGCACUGCAUGCGUUACGAGAUGCAGGUUUCAAGGUGGCGCUUGAGAAGUGUCAGUUUUUCCUCACCACCAUUUCUUUCCUGGGGCACGUGGUGACAGACAAGGGACUCGAACCGGAGCCGCAGAAGGUGGCAGGUGUCAGGGACGCACCAGUGCCUACCACUAUCACGCAAGUUCGCGCCUUUCUGGGCCUCGCCUCGUAUUACCGAAGAUUUAUCAAGGGCUUCGCGGCGAUUGAGAGACCCCUCACAAAUCUCAUGCGCAAGGAUCAGCCGUUGAUCUGGACGCCGGAGUGCGAUCAAGCGUUACCCAAACUCAAGGCUGCUCUCAUUUCGGCUCCGGUGCUUAUAAGACCGGAUCUCGAAAAGCCUUUUGUUCUCAUCACCGACUGGCAGCCAGAGGCGAUUUCGGCGAUCCUUCCCCAGGUGGGACCAAGCGGACUCGAGAGUGUGGUGGAAUAUGCGUCCAAAUCAGUGCUCGCCUGCAAGCGCAACUAUGACGCUCCGACGGGAGAAUGCUAUGCGGCUCUCUGGGGAAUCAGUCACUUUCGUGCUUACCUGUAUGGGCGAAAGUUCACCCUGGUGACUGAUCAUGAGCCCCUGUUGGCUCUGAGGAAGUCGAAGGAUUACUCGGGCAUGAUCGGGCAAUGGGCAACGGUGCUGCAGAGCAUGGACUUUGACAUCCGUCAUCGGAAGCACGAGAGACAUGGGAAUACGGAUGGAUUGACACGACUGCACCGACCUGAGAAAGUUCCGAAGAAUGAGGAGGUGAUGUGGACGGGCACUAGCGAUCAUCCCGCGUGGAUUGAAAAUCUGGAGCUGCUGAGCAUACAGGCUUGGAAGACUAACGUGGAAGAAGAUCUUCUCGGCUUUCUCUUCGGAUCAGUGCGGCCGGGUCGAUGCCACCUGAUUGCACUGGAGCUCAUCGCACCGAUCGUGCAAUUGGCAGACGAUCUCUCGCCCGACAUCUACUUUCAAAGUGACAACAGUCCUGCUCCGUACAUUUUCGAGCGAUCCUUGGAUCCGUACCUUCAGUGGACUUCAUGCUUGGAGGAACCUAGGGACGAGGAUACGCUACCAUCGCGGCAGGAGUACCUGAAGCCGUACGAGAUCAUCCCUCUCGCCUUCUACCCGAGGGCAGAAGAAGUGGUGAUCGACGACGACGAAGAAGAAGAAGAAGACGACGAGGAAACAUCGGAGGAAGGAAGCUAUAGUGAACAUAGCGAAGGCGAGCUGAGUGAAGAGGAAGAAGAAGGAACCGGGUCCGAGUGGGAAGCCUUGUCGGAGGAAGCAAUACGGACGGGAACGGGGGCUGAAGAUCCGGAAGUGGCGCGAAAACGCGAAGAAAUUGUCGCAGAGAAGCGCCAGCUGGAGUUCGCCACCGAAGCUAACCUGCGCCUCGGUAACGAUCAGACCCGGGAUCCAGAGCCGCUGAAGCCCGAAGAUGGCGACCCUGCAGCCGCCACCUCAAGUACCGCGCGACGGAGACAGAGCCGAUCCCCCUCCUCCUCCAGCCUCACCCGUCCCCCAGUUCGCCCACGUACCAAUGCGGGCGAUAGGCCUUCGUCCUCGGACGCUGUCCCGCCAACCCCUUGAUUUCCUCACCCUCGAGCAGAUCCGUACG